AUGGGAGUCAAUGAAAGUAAACAAAGUUCAUCGUCUUUGACUACUUCAUCUUCAUCCUCUUUUUCACUACCCAAUACACCAAGAGAACGAAACAAUAGUGUAUCUUCCAUAAACUCUUCUUUUUCAACCAAUACCACAUCUAGUCAAAGACACCAUCAUUCCUUUUCAAUCCAUCCAUCAUCAAAUACAAUACCGUCCUCCACCAAUCAUACAAACCAAUUAACAAGUAGUCAUGGUAGUGGAAGUAGCCUAGAAACUGCAACAGGUGGAUUUGGACAUGGAUUUGAAUCAAAUACCUCUUCAACUUCCUAUGAUACUACAAACUCUUCACAUCACCAUUUUGAUAAAUUGUCUCCACCUCGGUCACCAGUAUCUUCUAUAUCUUCAUCAUCGUCUUCAUCUAUAAAUAAAAGUCAAGGUGGUGAAUACUAUUAUGGCGGUGGCGGUGGUAUAAUAGGUAGUAGUAGUGGUGGAUCACUUGGUUCAACAAUGGAGAUUUCCCCUUCAACACCACGUCUUGAACCCGAAGAAUUAAUGUUAUUUAAAUUACCAAUUUUAUCACCUCACAUUCCAAUUAUAAAACAAGAUUCAUUAUUGGAUAGAAUAGCAAAUAUAGCCGAUAAACAUCAUCGACCUACAUUACCAAUGAUCAAUGUUGAUCCAGUCGAGAGGUUACUAUCUAGUUAUGGAUCCUACCUCAAAUCAACUUCACAUGAACUUGGUGAUAAACAGGAAUCACUAAACAAAAAAUUAAAAGAAAUGGAAUUGUUGUGUUCAAAAGGUCAUCAAUUGAUGCUUAAACAUGUUACUCUAAUUAAACAAACUACAAAUAUUUUACCUGAUAUUAACAAAUUAAAUCAAAAUAUAAAAGAAACUCAAAUGAUUAUGAAUAAUGUAUUGGAUACAAUAGAAAGGUUGACAAGCAUUUUACCAAAUCAUGAUGAAGAAUUAAUAGAAUUUUCACAAUCACUUCAAAAGUCACCAAUUAAUAGACCAAAUUUUCAUUUUAAAGAACCAAGUGAAUCAAAUUCAAUAUUAAAAAAUGUAACAAAUAUUAUAAAAUUAAAAGAUAAAAAUAGUGUAUGGUUAGAUGAGAUUAUACCAAAUAUGGAUAAAGUUAGAAAUACAGGAAGAGUAAAGGAAUUGGCUAGAAAGGGUAUAAAUGAUAGUAUUAGAGGCAUGGUUUGGCAAUCUGCAAUAGGCAACAAAUUAAAUAUCACUUUGGAAUUGUAUAAUGAAUUGAUUGAAAAAUCUAUAUUUUCAACCACUCUAUCAGAAGAUCAACAAAAUUCUUUAGAUCAAGAUCAAAAUCAAAAUAAUAAUAAUCAACAACAACAACAACAAAACCAAGAGGUAGGGGGGGAGGAAGAAACAUAUAUUCUACCAGAAGAUGAUUUAAAAUCUAUAAAAGAAUCGAUUGUUUAUAGUUUUACAAUGAUUGAAAUGGAUCUACCAAGAACCUUUACAUCAUUGUCUUUGGUAAAUCGUGAAUCAUCAGAGUUUAGAAAACAACUAAAAAGAGUUUUAAAUGCAUAUGCUGUUUUUGAUGGACAUGGUUAUGUACAGGGUAUGUCAUACCUAGCCAGUAGCUUUCUCCUUCAUAUGGAUGAAUUUCAAGCUUUUGUUUGUUUUGCCAAUUUAUUAAAUAAUAGAUUCCUACAAUCCUUAUUUCAAUUAAAUAUGAGAGAAGUCGAUAAAUAUAUGAAAGUAUUUGAUAAAAUGUUUUUAUAUUGUUUACCAAAAUUACAUCAACAUUUUGAAGAGAUUGGAUUGAUUCCACAUUACUAUUUAAUUCAAUGGUGGUUGACUGUAUUUUGUCAAUCGUUGCCAUUGUCGGUUGCAACACGUAUAUGGGAUGCAGUGGUCAUUGAAGGCAACCUCUUUUUAUUUGUUGCAGCACUUGGAGUAUUGUAUCAUUUCCGUAGACAACUGGAAGAAAACAAUUUAGAGUUUUGUAAAAACUUCCUUUCCAAUCUUCCUGAAAGCCUUGAUCCAUCUGGAUUAUUUAAAUCAAUCGAAAAUAUCGAUAUAUCCUAUUGCUCUCAUACUCUUGCUACUAUGGAGGCUGCUGCCAACCAUCACGAAUAUGAGUUGCAAUCAUUAAGUCAUAAUAAUGAUGAAGGCGACGGAUUAGAUGAAAAUAGUCAUCAUCAUUCAAAUGAAAUUUAUCUUGAUGAUGAAGAAAGAGAUUAUAGUAUUGGAGGUGGAGGACAUGGAAAUAUUUUUCAAAGAGAUUAA